AUGCUACUGAUAGUCGUCGUCAGAAAAACGAGUGGUCUAGCUACUCUGGCAGAUGGCUUCGUUGCCGGUUCGCUGAACAUCUACAUAUACUUCCACGCCACAACCAAACAAGAAGACAUUGCAGUCUGUCAGACCAUCAGAGAACUACUGUGUGUGGGAGGCGGAGUGAAGGAUGAUGAUGCGGAGGGAGAAGGGCUCACAGAUGGAGUUGCGCUACUUGUUGCCGUGGGCUCCACGCAUGCUGUAUACUCAUCCUCUCGAGUCACAUCCAUAUCGACUUCCCCAUCUCUGAUCGAGAUCGUACAAUCCUUGAAUUGA